UGUCAGCAAAAUUUACGUGUCGAAAAAAAGUUUUCAUUCUUCAGUCAAUUUUUGCUCCGUUCGCCAGGCAUUAAUGGAAAAUACCGGUAAAUUGCAGUAAUUUCAACUUAUUGUAAGAAAUAAUAGGGUCGGAAACGAUCCUCUCGUGCGGAUCAGUCGCAGAGACAAUCGUUCGCUGGGGAAAAAUGAUUGCUCCCAAGGUAUGGUUCUUUUUUGUCGUGGCGGCAUUUUGUUUGCUCCGUGAGGGAACGAGCGUCGACCGGAACAACUUUAAAACUUGCGAACAAAGCAGUUUCUGUCGGCGCCUCCGAGUCUCCGAGCCAGAAACGAGUAAAUUCCAACUGCUACCGGAAACUCUUCAGACCUAUAAGAAUUACAUCUUAGUGGAUCUUCAGCAUUCAGAGACAAACCACCUCUACGUGUUGAAACUCGGUGCCGUUAAAGGUGGAAUUUUCCACUUCCAAAUCGACGAGAAGAGCCCGCUGAGCGAGCGAUAUCGCGUUGUAGAUGCGCUGGUCAAAGAGCCGGAGUAUGUCGGUGUAAAGGUGGAAACCGGCUCUGCCUCUACGAUUGUUGUCACAGCAGAGGGAGGUUCCAACAAGGCUGUGGUGCAGGUAGCGCCAUUCAGGAUUGAUUUCCAACAUGGAGAAAAGGUCGUCGUUUCGGCUAACGCAAUGGGAUUGAUGAGAUUCGAGCACUUGCGGCGGAAGGAAAUUGCUCAAGCAGCACCAUCCGAAAAUGAACAGGAAGGAGAUGAAAACCAAGCUCAAGAAGUGAAAGAAGAUCCUGGUGCAUGGGAGGAAAAUUUCAAAAGUCAUCAUGAUUCCAAACCAAAUGGCCCAGAGGCGCUGUCAAUGGAUUUCAGUUUCCCACAAGGAAAGGUGUUGUUCGGAAUUCCAGAGCAUGCUGAUUCCUUCGUCCUUAAGCACACUGCCGGUGGAAAGACUGAUCCUUAUCGUUUGUACAAUCUGGAUGUGUUCGAAUAUGAGCUAGACAACGGAAUGGCCCUCUACGGAGCAGUUCCCGUCAUCUACGGAGCGGGCCCCAGCGUUACUGCCGGAGUGUACUGGCAGAAUGCAGCUGAGACAUGGGUGGAUAUUUUCUCUCCCGACCAAGAGAAGAACGUGAUGUCUUCAAUUGUGAACUUUGUUUCGCGAUCAAACCAGGAUGAAACGCCGGCGGCCAAUUUCAUCUCUGAAAGUGGCAUUGUCGACGUGUUUGUGCUUGUGGGGCCUUCUCCUUUGGAUGCUUUCCGUCAAUUUACGGACCUAACUGGAAAAGCUCCCCUGCCCCAAAUGUAUGCCAUUGCGUAUCACCAGUGCCGAUGGAACUAUAAUGACGAACAGGAUGUUACGACCGUCUCCGCCAAGUUCGAUGAGCACGACAUACCAAUGGACACCAUGUGGUUGGACAUUGAGUACACGGAUUCAAAGAAAUACUUUACAUGGGAUCAUCAUAAAUUUCCUCAUCCGCUUGAAAUGAUUCGCAAUUUGACCGAACGCGGUCGUCAUUUAACGGUUAUUAUCGAUCCUCACAUCAAACGAGAUGGAGGCUACUUCUUCCAUAAUGACUGCACUGAUCGUGGCUACUACGUGAAAAAUAAAGACGGAAACGAUUAUGAAGGAUGGUGCUGGCCCGGAGCAGCCAGUUAUGCCGAUUUUUUCAACCCCGAAGUACGGAAGUAUUACGCCGAUCAGUACCUUUUGGAGAAUUUUAGGGAAUCGACGGCAGAAGUAGGUAUUUGGAAUGACAUGAACGAACCUUCGGUGUUCAAUGGACCGGAAGUAACUAUGCUGAAAGACAACGUUCACCACGAAGGAUGGGAACAUCGGGAUGUACAUAACUUGUAUGGUCAUAUGCACAUCAUGGCUACUUACGAAGGGCUUGUUCGGCGAAGUGAAGGUGCUCUACGUCCGUUCAUUUUAACUCGAUCACACUUUGCCGGCAGCCAGCGAUUCGCCGCCGUUUGGACGGGAGAUAAUAUGGCUGAAUGGGGUCACCUGCAGGCAUCAAUAAAAAUGUGUCUCUCACUUUCGGUUUCCGGCAUCAGUUUCUGUGGCGCCGAUGUUGGUGGCUUCUUCGGGAAUCCUGAUGGAGAACUGUUCUACCGUUGGUACCAAACGGGAGCCUUUCAGCCGUUCUUCCGUUCGCAUGCGCACAUCGAUACAAAGCGACGUGAACCUUGGCUGUUUCCCGAGGAUGUCAAGCUGAUUAUUCGGGAUGCCAUCCGGAAGCGGUACCGCUUGCUACCACUCUGGUACACAAUGUUCUAUGAACAUGAACGAUCUGGGCUGCCGAUCAUGCGUCCCUUGCUGGCUCAUUAUCCGACCGACGUGAAAUGCUAUGGCAUAGAUAGCCAAUUUAUGCUUGCCGAUAAGUUGCUGGUUGCUCCAGUGUUGAAAGCAGGCCAGAGCAAAGUCGAUGUUUAUUUCCCUGCUAAAGAUAAUGGCGAGAGUGAUUUAUGGUAUGAUUUGGAUAAUAACCGCAAGUACUCGUCUGCCGGAUUCGAGUCCAUUUCGGUAGACAACUACAAAGUUCCUGUUUUUCAACGUGGAGGUACCGUGGUCCCACGCAAGGAACGCAUAAGACGGGCCGCAACAUUAAUGAAGGAUGAUCCUUAUACUUUGGUCGUGGCUUUGGACAAGAAUGCUGUGGCAAAAGGUACUCUUUAUAUCGAUGAUGAAGCCAGCUUUGAUUAUCGCUCUGGUAAAUAUCUGUACCUCGAGUUUGAAUUCAAAGACAACGUUCUCAGUAGCAAGAAAAUUGACACUACAGCCACUUAUCCAACGAAAAGUUGGUUGGAGCGCGUGGUUUUGGUUGGUUUAGCAAAGACACCAAAAUCCGCCACACUUCAUUUAUCGAGUGGUGAAUCUUCCACACUGGAAGUGUACACAGAGGCUGGUUCAGCCGUUAUCCGUAAACCGGGUGUAUCUAUGCUCGAUGGUUGGUCGAUCAAACUAAACUAUUGAAAUUUACCUAAGUAGAAAUCAAUUUUAAAAUCAUUACGAUGAGAAUUACUUUAUGGGUGAUUCACUCUCAACAUUUUCCAUUUUUAUUUUUUGGGUUUAUGAAGCUCGACUCAUACAAUCUUUGUAAUUUGACUACGUAGAAAGUUUGCAAUCUAAGUUACUAGCUGUUUAGCGUAGCACUGUUUUCAUAACAUUUCAGUCACCCAUAUGAAAUCAAAUUUGCAUUGAACACCAUCCCAAACAAAUGAGCAUUCGAAUUCAAUUGCAGUGCUAAAGUAAUAAAAUGUCUUAAGUGAAGUAAAACUAUA